GAUAAAACAGUUAUUAGGGUUUUAAAGAUUUAAGUUUCUGCUUCUCCCAAUUCGUCCAAUGGAGAAUGCGGACCAGGCGAAACACACGAAGAACAAGCGGAAGAACCAGAGUUUUGAAAGCCAGUUUCGUUUCAAGCUCGACACCUGCUCGAAGAACAAGGACCUCUCUGGUGCCAUCUCUCUUUACGAGAAUGCAAUCUCCCAAAACUUCCGUCUCAAUCAGUACCUCUUCAACACUCUCCUCUACCUCUGCUCCAACUCUCUUUCCGACGAUUUCUUAUCAUCGUCGAAAGAAACCUCGGAUUUGUCUAGUGACUCUGCGCUAGCUUACGGUUUUCGCGUAUUCGAUCACAUGUUAGCCAGCAAUGUCAAUCCCACUGAAGCAACAAUCACUGCCAUGUCGAGGCUUGCCGUUGGUAAAGGCGAUACUGACCUCGCUUUCGAAUUAGUCAAGACCAUGGGAAAAUACAACAUUUCUCCUAGGCUAAGGACUUACGAUUCUGCGUUGUUUGCUUACUGUUCGAAAUCAGAGGUGGAGAAGGCCUACUCUGUUGAAGAACACAUGGUCUCUAUGGGGAUUUCUCCUGAAGAGUCCCAGCUGUCUGCGCUCUUGAAAGUGAGCGUGGAUUCGGGGAGAGAAGAUAAAGUUUAUUCUUAUUUGCAGAAGCUAAGGAGCUCCGUGAGAUUUGUUAGUACCUCUAUUGCGGAGGUAAUCGAACGUUGGUUUUGUAGUUCAUUGGCUUCUGAGGUUGGUAUGUUGAAUUGGGACGAAGACAAUGUUAAAGAUGUGAUAUUGAAAAAUGGUGGAGGCUGGCAUGGUCAGGGAUGGUUAGGUAAGGGAAAGUGGUUUUUCUGUAAAUCGAAUAUAAAUUCAGAUGGGUCUUGUUGUUCUUGUGGAGAGAAGCUAGUUUGUGUUGAUAUUGAUGAGGUGGAGACUGAAAAAUUUGCGGAGUCAGUAGCUUCAUUAGCGAUGGAAAGGGAAGUGAAGUCAAAUUUCAGGAAUUUUCAGGAAUGGCUGAAGAAACAUGGCCAAUAUGAAGCUAUAGUGGAUGGAGCGAAUGUUGCACUUUACAAACAGAACUUUGCAGAUGGUGAAUUUAGCCUUUCUCAGAUUGAUGCUGUGUUGAAAAAUCUGUAUCAAAGAGGCGAAAGGAAACUGCCACUGGUUAUCCUGCACAACAAACGUUUUCGAGCUCUUCUGGAAAAUCCUUCCAAUAAAAAGCUACUUGAGGACUGGAAAGCUCAAGGCGCAUUGUACACUACUCCAAAUGGGUCCAAUGAUGAUUGGUACUGGCUCUAUGCAGCAGUAACACUUAGGUGUUUGCUUGUGACAAAUGAUGAAAUGAGAGAUCACAUUUUUGCACUCCUAGGCAGCAGCUUCUUUCUUAAAUGGAAAGAGCGACAUCAGGUCCGGUACACUUUUGUUAAAUGUAAUCUAAAACUUCACAUGCCACCUUCAUAUUCUGUAGUCAUUCAGGAAUCAGAGAAGGGAUCAUGGCAUGUGCCUAUAGAAGGAGAUUGCAAUGAUGAGGCAUCAAGAACUUGGCUUUGCAUUACCAGGCCAAAAUCUUGUGAACAUUCUGAUGAAUUAUUAUUGAACUUGGAGGUUCCUGAAACUGAAAGACUCAAGUACAACCAAACCAAAUCUAACUCCUACAAAUUAGAAGACGUUACAACUGAGAAGGGUAGAGAGAGUGGCCCAAUCUCAUUUCAGCUUUCUAAUAGUAAUACUGUUUCCAUAACUGGUAAAAGAAAGGAUAGAUCUCCAUCCUCUGAGCCACAUUCAUAACUGAACUGGGCCAAGUUAACAGCUUUGAUCGAAGGUUUACCUAUCAGCAUGUUUUCUUCGGCACAUUGAUUUGUCCAACUUGACCAGAGGCUGACCAUCAAGGAAAAGAAAAAUUUUAUUGGUUUUUGUUGCAGUUAUGCAUGAGAGUGAUAUCCAUGUAAGGGAGUUUGUGAAAUUAAACUGAAAAGCAACUACAGUUGUGUGGAAGUUGG